AUGACAGAAAUUCCUUCAUCCAUAAUUACGGCUCUAACAAAAUAUCAAGAUCGACCAUUUAUACUAUACCUUGAAAAAGAUCUUAUAAAGUUUAUCAAGAACUCAAUAUUGGGCAAUAUCAAACAGCCGGAGUAUGUUAUUCAAGCGCAGUACUUGAAGAACUCGUAUUAUAGGCUAUUGAGCCACCAAUUGUGCCAGUACUACCAUCUACAGCAUUGGAACAACCAAUCGAAUGAAAUUGUUGUUACACCAAGUGACAAUUUUGACUAUGAAUCCUUUACGACCCAAAUUGACGAUGAAGCCAGUGGCUUUGUUAAAGUUGCCGAUGUAGCUGCUCAUUACCGCGCUGAACAUUCUCCACCUCCUUUGUCCACAACAACACCUCCCUUGUCAGACUCGGGUUCGGGUCACCUGCAUUCCGCAUAUCAACAACAACCACAACAACGUCCACAGCAACAUCCACAUCAACACCAUCAACCAACGCGAACAUCUACUCAGGAUUCCAUAGAAAGUGGCACUUCAUCUGCAGACUCUUCACAUGUCAGAAUCGUUAAACCCAAGAUGAUUGUCAAAAAGAUUAUCAAUAAACCGUCCACACCCGAUAUCGAAGUGGGCGAACAGCAGCAAUUGAACGUGGAAAACUUUGCCAAAUUGAAACUUGAGCAGAUGAAUGCCCAACUGCCAGCAUCUGAAGCCUCAGUGUCAACCAGUGCCUCGGAGUCAACUAAAUCUACAAUUGAAAGUCAACGAGCAUCAAAGGAAGCAUUAUAUAAGAAACUCAGAGAAGAAAUAUUUUUAAAAGAAGACGAAGACCAAGGUGACGGCGAGGAAGAAGAAGAUGAUGAUGAUGGAGAAGAAGAUGGAGAAGGAAAUAACGGUGACAACGACAACAACAACGAAGAAGAAGAGAACGGACAUGGAUCGCUGAGCUUGGAUCAUGCCAAACCAGAAGGCUCGGCUACACUAAAAUCGAAAAGCUUCAACAAUAAAUACGACAGAGACUACAAAACGCAAUACAAACCACGUCAACACCGCACUCAUCCACAGCAACUGCAACAACAACAACUGCAACACCAAAUUCCUCAACAAUACGCUUAUAGCAUGGCACAACAAAUGCAAAUGCAGAUUCCAUACCAACAAAUAUAUGCGGCUCCAAGUGGGUUAUCGCCAACAAUUCCUCAAGCCGGAUCAGUUCCCAUCAUGUAUAGUCCUUACUAUCCAACUCAACCUAUGUUGCCCCACACUUAUGGCUACCCGGCUUACAACAUGCCACCGUACGAUAGGGAAACCGAGAGAAGAUUACUAAAUAAUCCCUAUAUUAUUAUACCUGAUGACAAUGGACACAAUGAAAGGUAUGGUGGUGGCAAACCUAGUGUUGGUAGACUGAGGGGAGGCAGAGGCAGAGCGGGAGGAAAUUAUCAUUAUCAUCAUCACCAGCAACAACAACAACAACAACAACAACACCAUCAUGGCACAUCUAGAGGAUCUUCACCUCAGAUUGGAAACGUACGAGGCGGAGGCAGACUGUAG